UCCUUUUUGUGUUUAUCUUGUUUACCAUUACAUUUUUCAUGAGUUAAACCCGAGAAAUGCAUGAAAGAUGUAAAAUUUAUUUCUGUUUAGAAUAACACUAAUCUGGGAUUAAUUUGUUUUCUGAAAUCGCAAUGCACAUUGUGAUGGAUUGGAUGAUGCCCUUUUCGUGAUCCUUUUUUUGUGGUUUGUUUUGUUUGAAGUUCCUUAAUUUUAUAGAAUUUUAGAAGAAAUUAAUAUGCUGGGUAACCUUCCAUAUGCUUGAACCAUUAGAAUUUGCAGCAAAGUUUGUUGCUUUGUUUUUUAUUCACACAGAAUUGGUGUUCUUGAACUCUAUCUGGGUUUCUCACAUUAAUUAUGUUAGGUGAGUUUCGUUUCGUUUUAUUUAAGGUAUAUCGUUGUUUGUUGAUUUGUCAUUAUUUAGAACAGUUGGGAUGGUUAAGAGUUUAAUGUUUGAUUGUCUUCUGGUACUUCUUGUUAGUAGCUAGCUUCUGUCAUGGUUGGUGAUGCACAAUUAGGUAUGGUUUAUUUGCUUAUUUAUUUUCGUACAAUGCGGUAUUCUGAACUACUCUGAUUUUUGGGGAGGGGGAUUUGAACUCGGGUGCUAAAGUACAUACACACUGCCUAACUCACAUCUGUAUGCAUUGAGUUUAUUUAAUGUUUUUAAUUUCAUCUGGUAUAGUUUCUAGCUUAACUGCAGUUCUGUGAUUCAAUUAUUUUUAUUUUGAUGUUCCUAAUUGCUUCAUUGGUUUCUUUGCUUGGGGUGGUGAUUGAAGAUGGGAUGCUUAAUUCUGAUUUGGGUGGAUAGGAGCUGCUAUUACCUUGAUCGACUGGUGAUCUCCUCGAGUUUUUGUAACUGGAAGGUCAUGAGAUUGUAGAGCAAUUGGUAGGCAGAUGGCAGCAAAGGGAAAUUCAUCUGUACAUGUGCAUAAGAACUUAGAGGGUUUUGUAAACAUUCUAACAUCUGCAGCAUGUGAGUGGGUUUUGAUCUUUCUUCUGCUUGUCGAUGGACUAUUAUCCUAUCUGCUUACUAAAUUUGCAGAAUAUUGCAAGUUGCAAAAGCCUUGCAUCUUUUGCUCCAGGUUUGAACAUGUUAUAGGCAGUGAAAAACCAAAACCUCAACUUUAUCAGGAUCUACUUUGCAGCAACCACAUAUCUGAGUUCUCGUCAUGGUUGUCUUGUCAAAUUUAUGGUAAGCAUGAUGGCAAUGGAAUGUGUGAAGAUUGCAUCGUGUCAUAUGCCAAAAAGGGCAAGUCAAACCCCGAAAAGCACAUGUUUUCGGCUGGCAAGUCGGAUUCUGAUAUUGGAAGUUCCGGUUUUAGGAGGUCCAUGCAGAACAGAAAGUUUGUUCAUAGUUCUGUGGGUGUAAGGCCAUGCUCUUGUUGCAGUAGGCCUUAUAUACCUAGAGAAAAUGCUCGAGGACUACAACGAAAAUCAUCUGCUUCCAAACCUAAUAUUCCUUUGCCACGUUUUUCAAGCCGUAGUCGUAUACCUCGCAGGGAUGGUUCAAAGAAGACCAGGGAUAAAAUUUCUGGAUCAGUAACUACUCGUCAUCCUGGAAAACUUGGCUGGGAUCCCUUGCCACAUAGAGGACGCAAGUUGAGGAUUAGUUCUGAUACUGACUCCACUCUUCGUCCUGGUAAAUUUGGCCGGGAUCCCUUGCCACAUGUAGGAUACUCUGAGUUGAGGAUUAAUUCCGAUACUGAAUCCGCUCGUCGUGCUGGAAAACUUGGCUGGGAUCCCUUGUCUCAUGUAGGAUACACUGAGUUGAAGAUUAGUUCUGAUACCGAUUCUGAGAUUCCAUUUUCUGAUGAAGACGGUGGUAGCAGCAUAAUCAUUGGAAAUCAGGAGCAUAAGAAGGAAGCUUUAGUAGCUCAAUAUACUUCAGAAAAACCAUUCAAAGCACCGCUAAAUGGUUUGAAUCCAGCAAAGCAGAGCAACGUUACCACCGACCACAAGCCUAGACUUUCUGAUCCAAGUGUGCAGCCAGAUGGUAGCACGAGGUCUGAUAUAAAAUUCUUAGGCUCGAAUGUUGCUUCAAAGAAUGGCUUGGGUGAGCUUAACUGGCAGCAAGCGAGUCAGAAUUCCAUCCCUUAUGCAUUCCCUGAGCUUAUUUCACUAGAUGAUAUCCCUCCAUCAUUUAAUGUUGCUGAAACUUGUUUUACUGGGACAAGCGACUUUGGAGAUGCACCCAUCAGUAAGAAUGAUGAACUUUUGAAGUCUAUAAGUGCAACAGAUGGAGCACCUAUUAAAACCGAUCCUAUCAUCAAUGAUCCGCCUCUUACGAAGCCAAAUCAUAUUAAUGUAAAUGCUGUGUCUGAGUCAGCAGGCAUUGGUAAGGAAGGAGAUACAUCCAAUUCUAUUAAAGAACAACCUACAGUGAAGGUACCUGAUAGAGUUGAUGGGGAAGUGAAACCAACGGACUCACAAAAUUGUUCAGCUCAGGAGAGAAAUUUAUCAUCAAAUAAUACAGUUUCAGGGGUACUUGGUGUUGGUGAUGAAAAUCCGGUAACUGAUGCUUCCAAAUCGUCUGCUCAGGAGAGUAAUUUAUCGUCAAAUAGUACAAUUUCAGGGGUACAUGGUGUUGGUGAUGAAAAGCCGAUUAGUGAUGCUUCCAAAUCUUCUGCUCAGGGGAGAAAUUUAUCAUUGAAUGGCACAAUUUCAGCGGCACGUGGCGUUGGUGACGAAAAGCCCGUACCUGAUGCUUCAAAGUCUUCUGCUCGGAAGAGUAAUUCAUCAUCAAAUAAUACAAUUUCAGGGGUAUGUGGUGGUGGUGAUGAAAAACAGGCAACUGAUGCUUCCAAUUCUAAUCCAAAUCCAGGGCUUAAAACAUCAUGGUCAGUAGAAUCUGGUCUUGAAUCUCUGGAUGAAGGAUAUGUCAGUGAAAUUGAAGGUGAAAGUAUUGUCGAUCGGUUAAAACGACAGGUUGAUUAUUAUAGAAAGUGCAUAAAGGAGUUGUUUAGGGAAUUAGACGAAGAAAGGAAUGCCGCUGAAAUUGCUGCAAAUCAGGCAAUGGCCAUGAUCACAAAGCUACAGGAAGAGAAAGCUGCAAUCCAUAUGGAGGCCCUUCAGUAUUUAAGAAUGAUGGAAGAGCAGGCUGAGUUUGAUGUAGAUGCACUCGAAAAAGCCAAUGAUCUCCUGGUUGAAAAGGAGAAAGAAAUACAGGACUUGGAAGCAGAGCUAGAAUUUUCUAAGUUCGAUAUCCCAGAUGAAUCGACAAUGGAGAGUAUGCCAAUGCCGGCAUUGCCGGUAAAAAGUUAUGAUUUGAAGGGAAAGAUUGACACAGUGGAGAGUACUGUGGUACCUGAAGCCGUUGUUCCCUGCGUAAAAAGUGAUGUCGAAGCUACUGGUAACUCAACAGUUACUGAGGUACCUAAAGCUAGCAAUGAACGCCUUUUUUCUGAGACAACACUUUUGGAAUUUGAAGAUGAAAAAUUGUACAUUUCAAAUUGUUUGAAGAGCUUGGAGAGGAAGCUUUCCGAAAUUUCCUGCAAUGGGGCUUCCGCCAACAUGCCUGAUGGUGGGCAUUCUAGAAAGCAUACAGAUGAUGAACCGAAUCAAGUAGAGACGCCUAAAAAAUUUAGGCUUUUAUUAAAUGGUCAGAUUGAAGAGGAAGUUGUGCAGAUGCCAAACGAUUUACAUAUAUCUAACGGAAGCGCUGCUCCACAAGAGGGACCAAUUCAUUGCGAUAGUUUAGACCGUGAAGACAAAAAAGAUUCUGAAUUGGAUGUUCUGGAAAACCACCUUAACGACAGGUUAAGGACAGGUUCGAGACUGAUCACGAUUUUUUGA